CGACUGUCUUCCUGAAUCAUAAAGCGACUUCUUCUGGGCCGUUAAACUGCUUUCCCGGCGUCCAUUUAUCAGAUAAAAUUACAUUAUAACCCAUCACAACACAACAUAACACAACACAAUGGACGUACAGCUCGCAUUUUAAAGGAUUUACUUUACAACAUUGUAACUACUAAUGGAGGAGGAUGUUGCCGAGAUUCAGACCGUUUGUUCCUCGGUCUCCUCUGAUGUUCCGAGGACACCAAACACAGAGCUGAAGAAGCUUCUGUUCUUCAAAGUGUACAAGAGGAGGUGGUUCGUUCUGCUCGUCCUGUGUCUGUUGAACUGCUCCAACGCCACGUUAUGGCUGACCUUUGCUCCAGUAGCGGACCAGUCGGCCAAGUUCCUGGAGGCCUCUCUGGAGCAAGUGAACUGGUUGUCUCUGGUCUACAUGGUGGUGGCCAUACCGCUCAGCUUUGGGACCACGUGGAUGCUGGACACCCUCGGGCUGCGGACCACGCUGAUUCUGGGAGCCUGGCUGAACAUGUUCGGGGCCCUGAUGCGCUUCGUCGGGGCCUCCGUAUACACGGGCCAUGAUUUUACAGUCAGGUACCUGCUGGUGAUGUUGGGUCAGACGUUCGGGGCCCUGGCUCAGCCCCUCAUCAUCUUCACCCCCACCAAGAUGGCCGCUCUCUGGUUCCCUGACCACCAGCGCGCCACCGCCAACAUGAUCGCCUCCAUGUCCAAUCCUCUGGGCAUCCUGCUCGCUAGCAUCCUCUCUCCUGUCAUCGCUGACACACCUGCACGGAUCCCAGACCUGCUGCUCGUCUACGCGGUCCCCACAUGCAUCAUCUGUUUCCUAGCAACGCUGGGGAUACGGAGCAGCACCCCCCCCACGCCGCCGUCAGCCAGCGCCGAGUCCUCCGGCUCCGAGCCGUUCCUGCAGGGGAUCAAACUGUUGCUGACGAACAAAGCCUACCUCGUGCUGCUGCUGUGCUUCGGUUCGGGCAUCGCUGUUUUCACCUCCUUCUCCACGCUGCUGGAGCAGAUCCUGUGUGUGCAGGGAUACACCAACACCUUCGCUGGCGUUUGUGGCGCCCUCUUCAUCGUGUUUGGCAUCGUGGGCGCCGCUGUUCUCGGCAUCUACGUCGACAAGACCAAGAAGUUCAUCGAAGCCACGAAGGUCAACAUGAGCUUCACCGCUCUUUCGUGCAUCGCCUUCUCAGUGGUGUCUCUGAUGCAGGAGCAGAAAGUCGCCGUGGCCGUCGUCUGCUCUCUUUUUGGCUUUUUCGGGUUCUCCAUAUACCCAGUGGCCAUGGAGCUGGCGGUGGAGUGUUCGUAUCCCGUCGGAGAAGCCACGUCAGCCGGACUCGUCUUCGUGUCGGGACAGGUCCAGUCUGUGAUCUACAUCGUCCUCCUUCAGGCUUUAACUAAGCGGCUCGCUGACUCUCCUCUGUCCACCUGUGGGGACGCGGUCCUGAGCUGGAGGGUGCCGAUGAUGGUGAUGGCCGGGCUGUGCACCUUCUUCAGCUGCUGCUUCGUGAUCUUCUUCCACACACGGUACAGACGACUGGAGGCCGAGGAGCAGGCGGUGUACGGGACCAAACAGAGAAAGGUGUCGACGACCUCCGACAACGCUCCGAGUGUGGAGAUACUCUCAUGACGAGAGAGACGGAGACAGACAGACAGACAGACAGAGAGACAGGGGGAAUUAUGGGUGUUAUCACACCUGCAGUUUGUUUUCUGUGGUACGAAGUAGAAAAGGAAGUUUUAGUUUUUAAUCAAGACACUGGGGCCAAACUCUUUAUGUACAUUGAGAUAUAGAAACAGAUUCUGCAUUAAUUCUGUUGCUAUUAUUGUAAAUUAUAGAAAGGUGCAUCAAUACUCAGCAGAUUUUAUUGAAAUAUUUUAUACUUUCUACACAAAAUAGUUUGAGAGGAAAUCUGUGGAAACGAUUGCUUUGUAGCCACUUUGUUCUGUAAAUAUUAAUAUUAAAUUAGAUGGAAAAUAGUUAAUAUUCAUACACUGAUCAUGUUUAUGAGAUGUUUUUUUUUUUUUUAAACAAAACCUAGCUUUGAUUGUAGAGAAAACGAAGACAGUUUUCUUCCACUGAACAGACGAACUAGAACACAGAGGUGUUGUAGCUGUGAGGCGUUCAGGUGCAGAGAAGAACGGCGGACUGUUUACCGCUGAUGUUCUGGAUCACCAGACUCCUGAAACAACUCGAUGUAGUGUCACAUAAAACAUGGGCACAUUUGUACUAAAACCACUAUGAAAGGUACUGUUUACUGACAUACUAUGAGUACAUUCAAUACAAUGUAGUAACUACAUGAUAGUCUGCAGGAUCUCUGACCAAUGACUGCAAACUGAAAGCAGGCUGUUUUAAUGAGCACAUAUAAACCAAAACACAACAGAAGAAAGAACAGCAUUUAACUACUUAUUGACUUAAAUCAGCAGAACAUGCUUCUAGUUGAAGGACUGCAGACAUUGAGAAUCAGGUUAAGGAUGUUGAAGCCUUACAGACGGUUGUGGAUUUUGUGCAAUGAAGAGAAUAAAUACAGUUCUGAUUCCUGUA